AACAUUUUCUAAGUUUAAACAGAUUUCUUUUUUGAUAUUUCAUUCUUUUGUUUGAAGUUCUUUUAAAUAAUUCUUUUAAAAAAUGAAUCCUGAAGAGAAUAAAGAUAAGGAGGAGAAGAGAGAAAAAUCCCCGGAAAAGGAAAAAGAAGAAAAGAAAGAAGAAGCAGAGAAUCAGCAGAGAGUUCAUUCAAACGUCGACAUGAUUCUUCCACCGUGCGAACUUGAAACCAUCUUCGCAAAAAACAUUUUGAUGCCUAGCAAUCCUUUGCCAUCUUCAAUCACUUCAUCCAUUAUUUCUCCAUUCGAAAUGGAAUUAACGGAACUGAAAGUGAAAGUUGCAUGUCUGGAAAAAACUAGUGCAGCUUUGAAACUGGAGUUGAAAUGCGCCGAACUUCAGGUUGAGGCCAAGGACAGGGUAGAUAAACAGAAAACUCGUCUCAUAGAGCUGCUUGAUCACAAAGUGCAAUCCCUGGAAAGCAAAAACAACAGACUGAUUGAAAUGGUUGAAGGGUUGAUUGAAGAGAAACAAUCUCGUUCUAACAGAUUGUUGGAUGCCACGAAAAGCAUGGAAACUCUGACGAGCAAGUUGGAAAACAGUGCGAGAGUGCAGCAGGAACUGCGCCAUAACAACGAGGAGUUGAAAAAAAUGCUGAACAACAUGCAGAACAAGGGAUCCCAAAUCGCGAAACUCGCAAAAGAAAAGUUGGUAAAGUACAAAGACGAGAACGAGAGAAUGCAGGGCGAACUCGAUGAUUACAAGCAAUCCGCAGAGGUCCUCUCAGCUGAUUUCGCGCCUGAAUGGGACAUGUUAAACGAUCUCGGCAGUCAACUGCAAGGAAAAUUAAGUGCCGCAAAAACGUCAGAGACUUCAGAAUCAACAGCUGAAAUUCUUCUCUCGGCUGACGGCCUGAACAACGAGAUAAAGAACAAAGUAGCUAACAUACAGACAGAAACGAUCGCCACAGUUUCAAAGUACGCCAACGCAAACGAGAAAUUAUUGACUCAAGUGAACAAUCUGAAGCAGAGCAUUUGUGACCUUCAAAAGCUGAGCGAUAAAACCUUGAAAGAAACUGCAACGCCCUCUCUCGUCGAGUUAGCCGAACUGAGGGACGCCAUCAGUAACUUGUCGGCCGAGCUGGGGACGAGACUUUAAGAAGGGCUGUGACGUCAUCACCAUUUGAGGGGUUGUGACGUUACCAUCAUUUAAAACUUUGAAGUUCCAUUUUCGUGCAACUGAUAGUUUUGUGAUAAAACAUCUUUUAGAUUUUUAAGUAUUUGAUAAUAUAGAGUUAUUCACUUUUUAUAUAAUCAAUUAUAAUAAUGAAAGGACAUUCGCACUUGAAAAAUGUUCAAAGAUGCUACUUACUAGGUAACUAAAUGUAACAUAAAUUUUUUUUGUUCACCUUCUUUUGAGUUGUACAACUAUAAAAAACUAACUCGACU